AUGGUACGCUUGACAAAUUUAUUGCUAAUAUUGGCGACAGUUUAUGUGACAAAAUGCUUCAUUAACUUUGACGGUUUUCAUUACUAUGAUAAGUACCAUUUGCAACAGUUGCUGAGACUUUUACGUGUCACAUAUGCUGAUGCGGAACGAGAAUUGAGAUUAAUUUUUAAAAAUAAUACAUUGACAAAGCAAGAGUUUCAUGAUAUGAUCAGUGAUUGGGCGCUGAAACAAAGCGGAAUUUUAUUUGAUGCAAUUGUUGAAAAUCUGAACAAAAUUCAGCAACAAAUAAUUCAAAUGGAAAGAAUCGCUGAAGAAUCAGUAAAUAUUAGCUCAAAAAAAGACGAAAAUUUGCUAACAGUAAUACAAAUUAAAACAAAUAUGUCAUUUACAAAAUCUCAAGAAAGUGAUGCAUUAAAACAAUUUUUGAAAACACUCAGUCGAGCUAAUCGUGUACGGCUAAAUUUACUUUUACGUCAAAAUUUCUUAAAACAACGUAAUAUUCGUUCGAUUCAGAAAUGGAAUAUUUCAUCUGCCAGUGAAAAAGAGUCGAAUGAAAUUUCAAAUGGACGUAAACAAUCAUGCAGAAUACUUUGUCAUUCAAUGAAUAAUAAUGAUAUUAUACAUUUAAAUUUAAAUACUACCUUAGAAGAUGAAAUUAUAAAUGUGAUGAAAAAUUCUACGGAUGAUGAAGAUCAAAUAGUUAUGGGUGAAAUGCUUGAAUUACUUGAAGAUAGCACUGAAUAUUCGCCUAUUUUGGUGCAGGUGCCAAUCAUUUAA